AUGUACCACUCCCCGCGACGAGCGCUAUUGGCUCCCCCAAGGACGCCCCGGACUACGUCCCUCGGCGUGCUCGGCCGCCCGGCAGCCUACGGUACGGUCGACCCGGCCACGUCCCCCCCCUCGACACUCCUGACUACUCACCCCUCCCCCUAUCGCACUGCGCUCGAGAGAUCUCUCCCCCGCCGCGCCCCGCCCACCUUGGCUCGGGUUAUGCCCACUGGCGGUCUCCCCCUCGGGUCCCCCCCCCCUCGUCCUCCCCGCUCUCCCGUACGGACUCUUCCAACGGCUGCGGCCCGCGCCAACCCUUCCUGCGGAGCUGCGCUAUUCUCUCCUCCCCCCCCUGUGGCAGGCCUUCCACCCCCCCCCCCGCCGCCACCAAUGGGCGUCCUCCGUCUACUCCUUGACCCUCACCCCAGUGCCCCCCCCCCCUCCGCCGCCCGUCGCCCCACCCUGCCCACUACCGCGCUCGUGCCCCUCUCGUCAACCCACACUGCCCUUGCACCUCGCUUUAAUUCGUGCCGCGCCCAUGCGCCUGGCCACCGCGCGGGCCGGCCCCACCGCUUAUGGCCCUGCCGCGAGCCGCCCUGUCUCUUUCGCGACCCCACUACCGGCGCUAGCUGCCGCCUGCGCCCCCCUGAGCGGGAACGCACAGGGCUCGUUUCCCCAUGUCCCCCCGCUCGCUUGUAG